CAUUAAAAUAAAUAAAUAAAGAAAAAUAGACUUAUAAAAGUUUCUUUUUCUUGAGUAAAAUUUAUUUUUUUCUUCUUUUAUUCAAUUUAUUAUCUUUUUUGUUCCAUCCGGUCCCUUUGCAAAGUUUGAGUUCUUGUUCUUCCUCUUCAUUUAACGUAGCAUCCGCCACUGUAAUUCAAGCCCGCCGCUGAUUCGUAUCUCUUCUUCGUCACCCUCUUCCUUCCACGGGUAUAGAGGUUUAUGAUCUUGAAACCAAUCAUUUUGUCCUAGUGGAAGAGGCUUCGGAGCAUAGUGUUGGUAGAAAUUUCUUGAAGAAAUUGGUUAUCACGUAACUGCCAUAGGUUUAACUGGGUCUGGAGCUCGAUCUUUUGAUACAAACAGCAUUACAAGUCUACUCCUAUAUAUGAGGCCAAUAACUCUGUUGAAGAAUUUCUGAAGGUGUGAAGAAGCGAAGAAAAGGAACUUGUCGGUAGAAGAAUGGUGAUCUCUAGUACCAAUCCCCAAUAUAAGGAGAUAACCAUCAGGAGGAGGAUUGCUAGCAUAUUCAAUAAACGAGAAGAUGAUUUUUCAUCUUUGAAAGAUUACAAUGAUUACUUGGAGGAAGUUGAAGACAUGACAUUUGACUUGAUUGAAGGAAUAGAUGUUGCUGCUAUAGAAGCAAAAAUUGCUAAAUACCAAGAAGAAAAUUCAGAACAAAUAAUGGUUAAUCGAGCCCGAAAGGCUGAAGAAUUAGCUGCAGCUAUGGCAGCAAUCAAGGCACAACCUGCCCAAACUGAUAAUGAUGAUGCAAGCCAAAAUUCCCAAGCUGGGUUUGGUACUGUUCCUCAGGGGCAAUAUGCACCUACAGUUGCAGGAGGACAACCUAGACCCACAGGCAUGAUGGGACCACAACCCUUACCUCUCGGAGGAAGUGACGCAGGCUACAUAGUUGAGAACGAAGAAACAUUUAGGCGGCGAGCUAGGGCUGGAGGGUGGAGUAAAGAAAUAAGCAGGAAGAGAGCUUUUGAAGAAGCUUUUGGAAGCAUAUGGGUUUCAUAGAGACUAGCGGUCAUUCUGAUAUUACUGGUGUAGAUCGGUCCGACUUGGGACCUUGUUUCCGGUCCGGUUUUUAAAAUUAUGAAUGAGUUAAUGUUCAAUCACCUCAGAAGAUUAAACAAAAAUUCAUUUCCAACUUAGCAAAUGAGAUUUUACAAGUCUAUUUAAAAAGAGACUUCCACUA